UGAGCGGGACGAUCCCAAAUAGUCCACUGCUUCCUGUACACGUACACUACACAGCCCCGAUAAGCCAUUAUGUCUGACCCUAUCUAGUGCACUUGUAUCAUAGAUCCGACGCCAUUCGUAAUUCAGCAGAUGUAAUUGCUACGGAAGUAGGACGUCUCAACCGGAGUACACUGCAGUGUAAUGUAGCUGAUACACGGCGCAAAUAAUCGCUAAUGGACCGUUUACGAGAUUCGUCCUUGUGUCUGGACUCUCCUUCUAAACACAGUUAUAUUGGAAGCUUUUACGCUCCUCCGGACAGGAUGGCCCAUCAUGACCAGGACAAGUCUAAUAGGAACCUGAUCAGAAGCAGCAGAUCAUCUCACACAACACCUGACACAGGGAGCAGAGCAGUGAUCGCAGCCCUGAAGUCUCUGCAGGAGAAAAUGAGGAGGCUGGAGCUGGAGCGUCUGCAGGCAGAGAAGAACGUAGAGCGGUUUGCUCAGGCCGCUCGCCAGUGCACCGACUCCGGAAACCAAACCAGCCAUCAGUUACGGAGCAGAGAUGGAGAAUCCUCAAAGAGGAAAGAGCUGGUGUCUCAGUUGCACUCGGCAGAAGCUCGGUGCUCUCUGCUGGAAAAACAACUGGAGUACAUGAGGAAGUUAGUGGAGAGCGCACAGAGAGAGAAAACCUCUCCGGUGGAUAGAGACAGAGAGGAAAAGAAGAGCAAACCCACAGAGCCACAGAUCCAGGCUCAGUUGCAGAAACUGGAGGAGGAGUGUAUUAAACUUACCAACACACAGUCUGAGGCAGAGAGGAAGAUUAAACUCCUGGAACGGAGGUUACUCGAAGAGGAACACGAGCGCAAACUGGUGCAGGAGAAAGCUGAGGAGUUACAGAGAGAGCUGGAGACCAACCUGCUCUUUUCAGCAGCUGAGGUGAAACCAAAGAAGAAGAAGAAGACCAAAGAGAAGACCACGAAUAAGAAAUCUGUUAAUCCCGAGGUUCCUCAACGCGUGACGGCCAAGAGAAUGCCGUUCGUCGCUGGAACAUCAACAAGCCCUAGUUACUCAGUUAAUGCCAAUGUUCAGGCCGUGCUGCAUCUUCUGAAGACCAGACAACCUCGUGUGUGUGAGAGGACACAGAGUCUGAACAGCGCUGAGCCGAAAAGACGCAGUGGCUCUCAACGAGGCUCCGAAUCCCAAAGUGACGGAGCUGCAGCUAUGGGCAGCCUUUCAGACCUGCUGCUCGCUCUACAGGACGAACUAGGCCACAUGAGCUUUGAACAUCAGGAGCUGGUCAGGCAGAUAGACGAGACAAAUAAACGCGAGCUGAGGGAGGAUCUGGAGAGAGAGCUGGACUGCUUAGUCAGGAGGAUGGAGGAGAAAGCGGCUCAGAUCACCAAGCUACGCAAACACCAGCAAACCGUCCAAAAGCUGGCCCAGUGCAGCCCCAAGCCAAAUCCCAAGCCAAGACGCACCGCCAGCGCUGACAGAGUCCAGGUAGCACCAUCCUCCUCCUCCGUAGUUAAACCCUCACCUUCCAGACCACAGCGGCAUCAAAAGGCCAGCGUCGAUCGUCUACAGCUCCUCAGAGACGCCCAGAAGUUUCAGUCGAGUCUCCGUCAACAAGACAUCAGCUGGGAGACAUAAAGCCUUACUGUCCUUCUCAGCCUUGAGGACAGAAGCUCCUGUUUUCUUGUCGUUAGACCCACACGAUUUAAAAAAGCCGCUCAGAAUUUCCCAGCAUCAGGAACCGCUAAACUUUUGCCAGGUAAACAACUGGAAAGUAGGGCAGUAGUAUGACUGUUGUUUUGGUGUGUGGGUGCUUUAAUUGCCCGGUGUGUUUUCCUCUGUAUGGUUGCUCCAAGUGAUAUCUAACGAUACCAAACGGUCGCCUGUUGCUGUUUUAUAGAAUUGAAACCAGGAUAUGUUUAUAACUUUUAGAAGUGUUUGGAGAAAGUAAAAAAAUAAAAUAAAAU